AUGGCUGAGAUAUCUGAGGUUCGGGCAAUGGAGGUGGAGGUGGAGGUUGAGGAGGACACCUCGCUAGUGAAGCAAGUGGACUUGACAGUUCCCAAAACUGACGAUCCCACGUUGCCUUGCGUUACCUUCAGAAUGUGGGUUCUGGGUCUUUCUUCAUGUGUCAUACUCUCCUUUGUCAACCAAUUCUUCUGGUACAGAACUCAGCCAUUGACUGUUUCUGCCAUUUCUGCUCAGAUUGCUGUCGUGCCACUCGGACACUUGAUGGCAAGGCUGUUACCUAAACGAGUAUUCCUUCAGGGUACACGCUGGCAAUUUUCAAUGAAUCCUGGUCCUUUUAAUGUUAAGGAACAUGUUUUAAUAACUAUCUUUGCCAACUCCGGUGCUGGAACCGUCUAUGCCACUCAUAUUUUGACUGCUGUAAAGCUCUUGUAUAAGAGGAAGCUCACUUUUUUCCCUGCGUUCCUUGUUAUGAUUACUACUCAGGUGUUAGGGUUUGGUUGGGCAGGGAUUUUCCGGAAGUACCUCGUUGAGCCAGGGGAGAUGUGGUGGCCUUAUAUUCUGGUUCAGGUCUCAUUGUUCAGGGCUUUACAUGACAAAGAUAAAAGACCAAAAGGGGGAAGUACUCGUAUGCAGUUCUUCCUUAUCGUCUUAGCCUCCAGCUUUGCUUACUAUGUCUUCCCUGGCUAUCUAUUUGCCAUGUUAACUUCUUUCUCUUGGGUAUGUUGGCUUGCUCCCAAGUCUGUUCUGGUCCAGCAAUUGGGUUCAGGCAUGCAAGGUCUUGGUCUUGGUUCCUUCGCACUUGACUGGUCUACAAUUUCAUCGUACCUUGGGAGUCCGCUUGCUAGCCCUUGGUUUGCCACUGCCAAUGUUGCUGUUGGAUUUUUCCUAAUAAUGUAUGUGAUGACACCCAUCAUGUACUGGCUUGAUGUUUACAAGGCAAAGACCUUCCCUAUUUUCUCAAGCAGACUUUUUGCUUGGAAUGGCGAAAAGUAUGACAUCUUGAGCAUCAUAGAUUCCAAGUUUCAUCUUGAUAGGAAUGCUUAUGCAAAGUCUGGGCCUCUGCAUCUCAGCACCUUCUUUGCUAUGACCUAUGGUCUUGGUUUUGCCACAUUGUCCGCUACAGUUGUCCAUGUCUUCCUCUUUAAUGGAAGUGAGUUAUGGAGUCAAACCAGGAAGGCCUUUGGAGGAAAUAAGAAAAUAGAUAUACACACAAGGCUUAUGAAGAAGUAUAAGACGGUGCCGACCUGGUGGUUUGUGGGCAUCCUUGUAGUGAAUAUUGCUGUCAUACUCUUUGCUUGUGAGUAUUACAAUGAGUCGCUUCAAUUGCCUUGGUGGGGUGUCUUACUGGCUUGUGGCCUUGCCUUAUUCUUCACCCUUCCAAUUGGUAUUAUCUCUGCCACUACAAAUCAGCAACCAGGUUUGAACAUUAUUACAGAGUACAUUAUUGGGUAUAUGUACCCUGAGCGUCCCGUUGCUAAUAUGUGCUUCAAAGUUUAUGGAUACAUAAGCAUGGCACAAGCUCUAACCUUCCUGAUGGACUUUAAGCUUGGCCACUACAUGAAGAUACCACCCAGAGCAAUGUUUAUGGCACAGGUGGUAGGGACGGUUCUGGCAGUUCUGGUAUACCAGGUAACUGCAUGGUGGCUAAUGGAAGACAUUGCCAAUCUUUGUGAUACAGAUUUACUGCCAGCAGACAGUCCCUGGACUUGCCCUAUGGAUCGUGUUUUCUUUGAUGCCUCUGUCAUAUGGGGGCUUGUUGGGCCACGUAGAAUCUUUGGAGAUCUCGGUGAAUAUGGGAACGUGAAUUGGUUCUUUCUUGGAGGUGCAAUAGCUCCCUUGCUAGUAUGGCUAGCACACAAAGCAUUCCCGGACAAGAAGUGGAUUGCCUAUAUCCACAUGCCUGUCCUGUUAGGCUCAACUUCAAUGAUGCCCCCUGCUACGGCUGUGAACUUCAUCGCUUGGCUCAUUAUGGGGUUUCUUUUUGGUUUCAUUUUUUUCAGGUACCGACAAGAAUGGUGGAAACGCUACAAUUAUGUGCUCUCGGGUGGUCUUGAUGCGGGGACUGCCUUCAUGACUAUUUUGAUAUUUCUGACUCUUGGAACAAAGGGCAUAGGCCUUGACUGGUGGGGCAACAACCUCGAUGGAUGCCCCUUGGCUGCUUGUCCUACAGCUAAAGGAGUUGUAAAGGAUGGCUGCCCAGUAGUCUGAUCGAUUUCCCAGUUUGGAUGUUUCAUUUCUUGUAAAUAUUGGUUAUGGGUUAUUUCAUAUGAUGAUCAUUGUCUAUUUUAGUGGUAAGAUACUCUAUGAAGGGAGAUUUGAUGGAUGGGAUUUGGUACGAAUGUAAGUAAAACUCUAAUACCAUAUAUAAGAUGCCCCUUUUCCUUCCCCUUAAAAAACAAACAUGUAGCUGUAAUUGUUCAUAGAAUUGUUGAAAAUAAAUAGAGAUCUUGUUAAA